AUGUUCCACAUCCCCAACAUCAUCGCUGUAUUCCUUGCAUGCAUCUGCUUGGGAUUGCUUUAUGUGCGUAGGGUACAUCAAAAGCGUUUCUCGUCUCUCUUCCCAGGUCCAAAGUCUAUUCCGCUCCUCGGGAAUGCGCAUCAAUUUCCGUUAGAAUAUCAACACCGGGUUCUCGGCGAAUGGAACAAGAUAUACGGCGACAUUAUCUACACGCGGCUGUUCCGGAGGCCAGUUCUCAUCCUGAAUUCGGCGCAAGCGGCGUUCGACCUGCUGGAAAAGCGAGGUUCAAAAUAUUCUGAUCGACCACGAUUUGUGCUCAUCAACGAGUUGAUUGGAUUCGAUCCAAAUCUGUCAUUUAUGCCCUACGGAGACCAAUGGCGCCGUCAUCGUAAAUGGUUUCAGGCCGCACUCAUUGACAAACGGAAGCUCGAGACGUAUCAUCCUAUGCAGCUGAGGGAAGUUCACCGGUUGUUAUACAUGUUCAUGCAGACGCCGGACGGUUUCAUUAUGCAUAUCAAACGACUAGUGGGCGCAUUAUCAAUGGAGAUUAGCUACGGCCAUCGGGCGACCUCCCUGGAACAUGAUGAGCACAUCAAAGUGGCAGACGACACAGUAACCGCAGCUUUUGAAGCGGGUAACCUUGGGUCAUCGUUGCUCGACUUCUUUCCCAUCCUGAAAUACCUUCCUGCCGCUAUGCCCGGCAUGAAAGCCAAACGUGAGGCUCUGCGUAUUCGUCCUCAUAUGCGCGCCUUGUUUGAAAAACCCUAUUUCGAGGUAAAGAAGGCAAUGGCCCUUGGUACUGCGAAGCCGUGUUUCUUGACUUCCAUGUUGGAAGACACGAUGAAGGACGGAGACCUGACGGAAGAAGAUGAGUACAAUAUUAUGGGUGCUGCAGGUGUUUUGUAUGCAGCUGCUACCGAUACCACAUCCACCACGCUUUCAACCUUCGUGCUCGCGAUGGUGCUACAUCCUGACAUAUACAGGAAGGCGCAGGCAGAGAUUGAUCGAGUCAUAGGCACCGAGAGGCUACCAGACUUUAACGACAGAAGCUCCCUUCCAUACCUCGAGAAUGUUCUGCAAGAGACAUACCGUUGGAAUAUUCCUGUUCCUCUCGGCGUUCCUCAUGCAGUGAUCGGAGAUGAUGAGUAUCAGGGCCAUUAUAUUCCCGGAGGAACCACAAUCAUCCCCAACAUCUGGCUCAUGGCUCGCGACCCGGACGUCUUCCCCGAUCCUGACUCCUUCCGUCCUGAGCGCUUCGAAGAGAUGGACACAUCCACAGCAGCAUCCAGAGACAUGCAAAAGAUAGUCUUCGGCUUCGGUCGCCGAGUCUGCCCGGGUCGUCAAUUCGCCGACACGACCGUCUGGCUAGCAAUGGCGAAUAUCAUCGCGGCUUUCGAUAUUUCAAAGGCAAAAGAUGCGAUGGGCAACGAGAUCACACCUGUUCCUGCUUUUUCAUCCGGCACGAUUAGCCACCCGAAACCGUUCAAAGCACGGAUCCUUCCACGUUCGGACAAGGCUGCUGCGAUGGUUUCUCAGCUGUACAGAAGUAGCGCACUCUGA